AUGGUAGCAACGGUCAAGAGAACGGUUAGAAUUAAGACUAAACAACAUAUCCUUCCUGAUGUACCCCCUGUAGAGAAUUUUCCCGUAAGACAAUGGAGUAUUGAGAUCGUAUUAUUAGAUGAAGAAAACAAGGAAAUUCCAGCGACAAUUUUCGACAAAGUCAUAUAUCAUUUACAUCCCACAUUCGUGAACCCUAAUAGGACGGUACAGGAACCACCAUUUAGAAUUGAGGAACAAGGUUGGGGUGGAUUCCCCUUAGAUAUCAGUGUUUUUUUUCUGGAUAAGGCUGGGGAGAAGAAAUUGCCUCAUGAUUUGAAUUUCUUGAAAGAAGAAUAUCAAGUGGAUCAUGUUAUUCAAGUGCCUAUAAAUAAACCUGCUUUAUUGACAGAGCUUUCAAAGAGUGGGUCGGUAGAAGAUACGAGUGCGGCAACCAAGCGUAAAGGGUCUACAUCAAAUGGUAUUAUAGAAUCUAAGAAUAAGAAGGCGAAAAGCGGGAGUGCAUCCACUGUUAAAGGGAAUGUUGAUUUAGAGAAAUUAGCCCUGGGGUUGACCAAAUUGAGUGAAGAUGAUUUAGUCGGUGUAGUGCAAAUGGUCAUUGAUAAUAGAACAUCGGAAAUGAAUGUUACUAAUAAUGUCGAUGAUGGUGAGUUCAUAAUGGAUCUUUAUAGUUUACCUGAUGGGCUGUUGAAAAGUUUAUGGGAAUACGUAAACAAGAAUACAGAAUAG